GUAGAUAUGAUCAUUAUGCAUUCUCGACUUCAUCGCAUACUUCAAUACAAACUUUGAGGUGAUUUGAGGAAUUCGUCCGAGUCGCAUUCCGGGAAACAUCCUCAAAGAUCAUCCAACCUCAAAGAAUAUGACCACCUCUGUAACCGAAAGUAUCAACGAAAGGAUUUCUCGAUCCCGGACCCCCAUGAACUCGGUGUAUUCCUAUCGUUAUCCUUUGAAGUACACCAGCUACUUUGAUGCCUUGUACGACGACUAUGCCAGCAAUUUGUACAGGCCCUUGUCAAGCUACGUGGAUGACUUUGUUCGAAACUCCCGAGCCAUGUCCGAGUCUCGAAUUUGGGAUCCGUAUUACGACUAUUGCGCCGAAUUGAGUUAUUGGCCACAUUCGUUGUCCAUUGCACGAGCAAGAUCGUUGUCUCCGGUUCGAAACACGUCCAGCUACGACUUGGAAGAUUAUCGAUCUAGCUAUCGUUCAUCCACCCCCGUGGAGACAACCGUGACCACCUCCUCCAGUUACCGCGAGGAGACGCCCCAUUACUCCAUCAACUGGAACAAUCCUCCACGGACCUAUACCUACCGAGACGCCCGGGCCACCACGCCCUUCACUACCACGUCUACACCCACUGCGACGAGUUAUUACAACACCUAUAGGGAUACCACGCCUUCCUUGGCUGACCGGGAGUACACGCCCUAUCGGACGUUCCGUUCCACUCCGCCCACCAGUGCCAGUCGAGCAGCCACGCCCAAUUACCGUGCCUCCACCCCGCCGAAUAUGAGGACCACAAGCAUCAGUUAUGGCUCGACUUCCCCAUGGAACGCUACCGGCUUCUACUAUUCGCCCAGAUAUCCAGAGGCUUAUCGAGGAACCUCCUCGAGCGUUUCCCCCUAUUCGUAUUCCCGGAGAUACUUUGACUAUGACGUCUACAAUCCUUACAGGAUAGAAUACUUCAAGUAAGAAUGAUAUCCUAAUGUCCGCAAUCUCCGAGAUUAUGGCUACGUGCCUUACAAAUACUCAAGAAAGCACACGAUGAAUAGAUAAGCCCCGAGCGAGGUUCCCUCGUGCUCAGAAAUGCCGAAUCUGAAUGAUAAUGUUGGUUGUGUCUGGCAUAAUGAGCUUAAUUAAGGGUCCCGGAAAUAACCGGGAGGGAAAUGAAUGGAUGAAUCCAUGAAUCAGCAACAGGAAUUAUGCUUGUCAACUGUCACUAACUAACCCCUUACAACAUAUGUUACUCUCACCACAUUAUUAUUGUCCACUGGCUUCGGAAGCGAUUUCAAGUUUCAAAGUUUCAAUUUGUUUGCCAUAUUCCAGCUAUGCCCGCCAAAUGGUUUUCGAUUUGCUUCAUGUUAUGAUUAUGCAUUAACAAUACACAACUCAUCUUGUUCUCCUUGAA